AUUCCACACAUCCUCUCCUCACAAUCUAUUAGCUCAGUCAGAAUGUCCUUUGAACUUAGCCCCGUGGAAAAGCACGAGUUGCGCGAUGUUAUUAAUAUGCUUUUCAAAGCCUAUGAUAGCGAGUCUGCCUUCGUUAAUGCUAUCUACCCGUAUACUUUGACUGAGGAUGGUAUCAAUGGCCUUGACAUGGUCGUCGCUCGCCUCGAAUACCUACGCGAUGUACUUGAUCCGAGUACCCAAUGGUGGAAAGUCACCGACAUAAGCACUGGCGAGAUUAUCUUAGCUUCGCAGUGGAACGUGUACUACAAAGACUCGGAGAAGCCCCCACCGAUGCACCUUGAUGGCCCUCCUAAAGCAUGGAAGGACGAGACAGAGAAGAAGUAUGCUAUCGAGAUGUUUAAGAACUUCAUCGCGCCUAGGGAGGCAAAAUAUGCUAAGGAUGAUGUACAUGCCCCGAUCAUAUGUCUAAACAUUAUGGGAACUACUCAGAAGCACCGAAGCAAAGGGGCUGCAUCUCUACAGAUAGCCUACUACAACGAGUUAGCUGAUAAGCUCGAUGCCUUUAUCACUACUGAGUCCACCAUAGCUGCGGAGAGACUGUACAAGAAAUAUGGGUAUGAACCUAAACAGGAGUUCGUGGUAGAGGCGAUUUCGGAGGAAUUUGCCAGUCGACCAAAGGAGAAACUAAUCUUCAUGGAGCGCGAAAGACGUUCCAAGCGAGGAGACGUACAUAAGUGAGGAUGUUCCGCGAUGCAGCCAAGCAUAAGAU